CACUAUUACUCCAGAUGAAUUUCCUCCGACAGGAGCAACCGGCUGGGAUGCCUCAUAUCUCCAUCAAGCUGCUUCAACUGUUUGGCGUUACCGGCCCACCAGAGGAACGCUUUCGUAUCCUGCCGGUUAUGCUGGCCUACUUUUUCUUCAUAGUAGUGCCCAAGUGCUUCUUCGGAUAUCCCGACCUUGAGAUAACAAUCAUUGGCACCGCUGAGCUGAUUUUCCAAUCCAAUACUUUUUGUGGAAUGUUUUGGUUGUUUCUGAACAGACACAAGCUAGCACAGUUCAUUACACAAGUACGAAAUUUUUCUCUAACGGUUUUCCGAGAGUCACCUCUAGCGGUGGUCCAGCAUUUAACGACCCAGCACGACUUCAUCCACAAGAUAACCCGAAUCUAUUGCAUCGUAGUGAUGUUUGCAGCCCACUUCUACGUGCUAACUCCAUUGCUCUCAACGUUCUACGCGUUCUACGGUAUGGUACGGAACGAUAACGCAACCAUGCACUACACGCUGCAAAUGGAGGAAAACUUCUACGGACUACAGACUCGCACGACGACUUCGCACUACCUGCUCUUCGGCAUGAUCAUGACGCCCACCAUUUAUCUCUGCGCCUUCACCGGUACGGUAAAGAUUCUGAGCAUCUGUAACAUUACCAUGUAUUGUACCCUCUACUUUCAACUGGUACAACUGAAGCUGCGAACCGUUACGGAGGACAACACGUUCCGUCAGGAGGUGAAGUCGAUUGUCGUAAUGCAUCAGGAUGCGCUUAACUGUGCAAGCCUGGUAGAAUCUAUCACGUCACUAGUGCUAUUACAGCAACUGGUCCUAUGCGUAAUGAUCUGGAGCUCAAUGCUGCUUUACUUCACCGUAUCGGGAUUCGAUUUGAACUUUAUUAACCUUCUCGUCCUUUUCGCUUUUGAUACAACAGAAACCAUUGCUUACUGCUAUUUUGGAGAGCAGCUAUCGAACGAGAGUGCUCGUGUGGCACAUACCGUUUACGAAAGUGGAUGGGAAACUCAAACUCCCGACAUACAGAAAGAUCUUCAGCUAAUUAUCGCGCGCGCACAAAGGCCGGUUGGCAUCACUGCUGGCAAGUUUUGCUACAUGAACAUGGAACAACUUGGCAUUAUAGUAAAAACUACCUACUCUAUCUACGUCAUAUUAAGAGAUCAGUUUUAAGUUCGUUUCUGUGCGUUCUAUCUUCGGAACGGCCAUAUAGAUACCGAUUCUGAGCGACAUCAAAUACUGGACCAUUUUCAUUCUAGCUGCUUAAGGUCGUCAAGACAACGCAUUAAAUUUUCGCUGUGUUGAUGGAUCAAUGCCAACAGCGGUUACGCAAGCACAUUUAAAAUGCGUUCUACUUCAAACACGAUGCACUCCAAUCGCUA